UUCCGGUGUUACCCGGAAGAAGUUAGCGAUUAGCAACUGCUAGCUAGGUGGUUGGUGUUGGAUGCGAGAGAACGGAAGCUAAAACGCAGAAAUGUCAGAGCAAACAAUAACCGUGACAGUCGCUUACGGAUCAGCUAAGCACAGCAUCACGCUAACAAGCCAAGAGGAUGGAACGGGACCCACUGUUAAAGACUUGUCGGAUGCUCUUAGCGAAGCGACUGGUGUCCCACCCGCCUCGCAGAAACUCAUCUUCAAAGGAAAGUCCCUGAAGGACAUGGAAGUGAGUCUCUCCAGCUGUGGGGUAAAAAAAGGCUGCAAACUCAUGAUGAUUGGAAAGCGGAACAGCCCAGAGGAAGAGGCCGAGCUAAAGAAGCUGAAAGAGAUCGAAAAGUCUGUCGAGCAGACGGCUAAAAAGCUGGAGUCGGUAGAUGGGGAAUUAACUGGAUUAAAGAACGGCUUCCUCGCAAAAGACCUCCAGGCAGAAGCGCUGAGUAACCUAGAUCACAGAGUAAAAAUAGCCGCUGAGCAGUUCAUGAAAAUCCUGGAGCAGAUAGAUGCCAUGAACGUGCCGGAAAAUUUUACCGACUGCAGAACGAAGAAAAAGAGUCUUGUAAAAACAGUCCAGGAUUUCCUCGCCCAGUGCGACAGGAUCGAGGCUUGCAUAUCAGACCACCUGUCAAAGAUCCAGUCCAAAAACCUGGCUCUGGCCGAGUAGUCGACUCUCCUCCGCCGGGUGCUUUAAGUUGCUCUGUGAGCAAUGCAAAGGUCUACAGAGUGCUUCAAGUAAGAAGCAGAACCUACUUUAUUUAUUGUGAGGGGUGUGCUGCGUGGCAAAGCUCUUCAUAAAGAACAGUCAUUUAAAAAAAACGUGGGUGUUGGUUGUCAGCGCUGAUGUCUGGGUACAUCACCUGGGACAAAGACUGGUCCUCUGCAGUGUGAGCUCUCUCUACCCUAACAGUCAUCUAUUGUUAAAAGAUUUGGGCCACUUCUUUAGGGGCUUGCUCCCGUCAGAAGCCAUCUGCGGUGUAUAUAUUCAUCCUUCAAGUGUUAGAUGUGUACUUGAGGUCAAGGCCACAUUUAUUUUGUUCUCUUUACUCCUCUCAGACACGUCGUUCGUGCUAAAAUUUUGUACUUUUCAGUCAAAUUUCCAAAGUUCUUAGUCCCAUUCGGUGGAGUUUAAGUAUUGUUAAUGCAAGUUUUAACAGUUGAAUGGGGAAAUAAUAUUUUCCAUUCUUUAUUUUCUGUUUUCAUGUUCAUAUGGACAUGAAAAAGUAAUCAAGUGAAAGUCUUUACUUCCUCAAAACUGGAAUCAUAAUCGUUAAGGAUUUAUAAAAAAAAAAAAAAAAGCAUCACACUGAAGCUGAAUGCAGCUGUUCGUCUUGUGUGUUGUUCAAAGCGGGUGUUUACGUGUUAAAUAUAACAUGAUCACAUAAUCGAGGUGCGAAGAAUAGACACGCGUAGGCAGAUUAUGGCAGAUCUUAUGAUGGUCAGUACUUUUAGGUCUAGGGUCAGUUUACUCAGAAACCUUAAUACAUAUCUGUGCAGGUCAGUCUGGUUCCUUCACAGCAAUGUGAGAUCAUGAGUAUUAGGGUGUCCAUUUGUGCAUAAAGGUGGUUUUUUUUUGUUGAUUAUAAAAACAGGCCUUCUCCUAUUUGGGAGUUGCAAGAAAUUAGGAUUUUUAAUCUUAAAAUUUUAAAGGAGCUGUGGCAAAACUUGUGCGACUAACGUCAAGUUUAGGCAAAGAAGAAAUCAGAACUUUUUAUAAAACACAAAAAAAGGGAUAUUUUUGGUUUUAGCUGUAGGUUUAGCAGCACAUAAACCUGCUAUUUAAUGCCUCAAUCCCGCAAAAUCCUGUCCGUUGGGACGUUCAACAUGACGAAACCCUAACAUUAUUGAAGUUGAACUGAAUUAAUUCCCCUCCUCUGCGCAACGGACCAGUCUUUGUAACGUGUGUGGAACUGUACUUCCAGCCCGGCCCUCGCUCGGACCGACAAAUCAUAUGCAUCUGCCUUUGUUUUGAAAUAAAAUGCUUUGAAAGAUGA